CACGAACGGUGCAUAAAAUGAACUUUGCUUUAGGGUAUAUUAAUAUUCUUGUAAGAAUUAAAAAGGAAUAUACUUGGCUGCUCUAAAUCUUGUUCGUCCAUACGACUUGGAAAAAAUCCUCAGGUGCCAUCGGAUAUCCUUCCUAGGCACUGGUCUUACGUCAGAUGAGAUACCAUAACAAAUUGUAAAAGCCAAAAAAUAAAAAACAAACAUAGAAAAGAAAAAAGAAACAAAGGAAUAUUCCCAGCUAAAUGCUCCACCAUAACCACUCAAACGCUCACUUUAAAUUCGAUUCUCUCACCUUUUCACUUCUCACUCGUCACUAAAAACACUCAUCUAUGGCGAUCUUCACUAAAACAAAACGUGUCACGGACCCACUAGACGAUGAAGCCAAGGCUCGGAUCUUCAGCAACCACAGCAGCACACUAGAAGACCAAGACUCUCCCGAAAUCUGCGAACUCGAGUUUCUAGAAGAUGGUCUCGAAGACAGAUCACAAACACUCUACGACUCUGACUCCGACUUGUCUGAAAAUUCCGCAACGGAACGUUCCAGUGAAGAAGCUAGUGAGAAAAUCUUAAAAAUGGCCUUGAGCUUCUCCGACUAUGAUCCUUACCAAAACAUAUUGCUAGCUCACGUUUCGAGAGCAGCGGAAGCAUAUUCCGCUUUCAGAUCCAAGCGGAAACAUGUUUUCAAAGACAAGGUAGCAUCAUUUCUACUAGAGCUCGGACACAACGCCGCCGUUUGCGUUUCGAAAUGGAACUCGUCAUCUAAACUCACCGCCGGGAGUUACGACUUCAUCGACGUCGUUUACAAACCCCCUGGUGAUAAGACAUCCGUUCGUUACUUUGUCGAUCUAGACUUUGCUUCCGAGUUCGAGAUCGCGAGGCCCACACCCCAAUACGCGCGUGUGUUGCAGUUGCUGCCUCGUGUUUUUGUUGGGAAGGAAGAGAAUCUUAGGACGGUUGUGAGAGAGGCUUGCGCCGCGGCGAAGAGGUCGAUGAAGAGCCGUGGCUUGUCUCUACCACCGUGGCGGAGAUUCUCUUACUUGCAACACAAGUGGUUCGGUCCGUGCACGAGAAGGGUUGGAUCUGGUUUGGAAGUGACGCCGUUGAAUAAAGACGCCGUUAGCUGUCGUUCUGUGGGGUUUGAUGACGCCGUCAAUGGGCGUUUGUUCAUCAGGACGUGAUCCGCAUCCAUGCAGCAUGUACUAGUAUUAAAUGAAUAGUUAAGUAGGGACUACACUUUUUUCCAAUGGAUUUUAAGGAGACUAAAAUAUUAAUUAGCAUCUUAAAAUUAAGGCCAUGAUGUCAAAGUUAACGUUCUACCACUGGGUUAAGUGGCAUUAAUAAUCAUAUGCUUUUGUUUUGAACAACUAAUAAUAAUCACAUGCUAAGAGUUGUGAUAAUUAAUAACUGAGAUUAUGAGAGUCAUAUUAUAUGACAAUGAAGCAUUAUUAACCUAUGAUAUGAAAUUGGACAUGUAAGAAUAUUUUAUUGAAUUG